AUGAUUAACGAAGCAAAAUUCGAAUUGUUAAAACAAAUAGAUUAUUGGAUAUAAGAUUUGUAAAAAUAUUAAAAGUAACAACCAAAAAAGAUAGAACUAUUUAAUUUGGAAAGAUUGGCAGUAUCCAUAAUAUAUAAUUUUUUUAGAUUACAAAUAUGAAUACAACAAAUAUGGAAUAGAUUAUUAGAAAAUAUGAGUAAUUAAAAAUGGAAUAUUAAGAAAUAACCAGCAACCAUUCUUAACAAUAUUAAGAUGAUACAUUUAAUGCAUUAUAUAUUAAAUAUUGCAACGAAAAGAAAAGUAAGCAAUCUACGGCAUAAUCAUAAAAGAAAUCUAUAACUACUACUUGUACUGUUUAAAAUAAAGGUAGAAGUUCAAAUUAGAAUGUCAAUAGGAACAAAGAUUAAAAAAUGACUAAUUAAUAAUCAUCUAUUUAACCUAACUAAAUCAUUGAUGAGUACAUUGAUGAGAUAGAUUAUUACGCUGAUAAAGUCAUCCAUUUGCAACAUAAGAUAGAGUAGCAUUCUCAUGAUGAAUUGUUAAGUCAGUUAAAGUAGUUGGAACUAGAACAGGAGAGUUUGCAGUCUGAUUACAAUGCAAUCAUAGAGGAAAACGAAAGAUUGAAGUUAGAGAUCUAAGACAAUCAUUAGAGAGUAAAUGAAUUGAGAGAAUUAUAAUUAUAAUUGA